AUGGAGAGGGCCCGGGCGGCAUCCAGAGGAGACCAGGGCGGGGCCGAGUUGCCGGUGGAGCCCUUGGAGAACCAGGUCCCGGGGCCGGAGCAGUCACAGGCCCCCGCGGAGGAGCGACCACUGGAAAGUUCCGAGAGCACGGAGGCGACCGGCGCGGGCCAGGACCAGUCGGGCGAAAAGAAACUGCCCUCGCCUCGCCCCGCGCACCUGCGGGUGCUGCCACCCAGCCUGGGCUACGGCGCCUUCCGCCCCGGGGCGGAGCACGGCCUCGGCGCCGAGGGGGGCAAGGAGUCCCCGGGCUCCCCCACGUGCCGCUGCAAGGAGCAGGAGCGAGAGGAGGACACCGUGCUUCUGCACUGCAAGGAGCUGGCCGGCGACGAGAAGCUGCACCGGGCCAUAAAGCUCAUGGGGCUGCCCAUGUACAUAAAGUGCCUGCACUGGGCCCUGGCGGUCAUGGCCGUGCUCCUGGCGGUGUCAGCAGUCGCCAAUGUGGUCCUGGCCUCGAGAACAGGGGCCGGGUGGCAACAGCCGUGCCCCCAGGACUGGCUGUGGUCCGGAGAGCAUUGUUACUACUUCUCUACUGAAGCUCAAGCCUGGGAGGCCAGCCAGGCUUUCUGCUCAGCCCACCAAGCUACCCUCCCCCUGCUGAGCCACACCCAGGGCUUCCUGGCCAGAUACCUUGUCAUCAAGAACUCCUGGGUGGGGGCCGUGAUGGGCCCCGAGGGCUGGCACUGGAUUGACGGGACCACCCAGCGACUCCCGGAGGAAGACGAUGACCAGCUGGCUCUCAAGUGCGGGAGCCUGGAGGGAGGCAAGCUCGUGGCUCUGGACUGCACCUCUUCAAGACCCUGGAUCUGUGCCAAGGGGACCAAGUGA